UUUUUGUAUUAACUUAAAGUAAAUUAUUUAAAACUGCUUUAGACAUUUUUAGUUUUUCCACAGAUUAGAAAGAUUAGUUUAUGUUGCAUAGGAAUCAUUAAAAAAAACAACAUUCUAUUAAAUAAAUAGAAAUUCCAAACCAUUACAAAUAUGGUGUGUAAUUACUAUUAAAGAUAUGUAUGUAGAAAGAUAUUAUUUUUAUUAAACAACAGCAGAAUUUUGUAUAUUAGACACUAGACAGUAUUGUACUAGACGGAUUAAAAAUGGUAUGCGACGGUCCGGACCCACCUGACGAUUCUCCACAAAAUUUAAUACCACCUCCUCGACAUGAUUUAAUGGCUAAUGGUAAUCACGAAGACAGUGAUGAUGAACAUAAUGACCAUUUCGGUUACGAGCCCUUACCACAAGGCCCUGAAUUGGUACAUUCCGAUCGAGAAAGUGAAGAGGAACAAGAUAGCAAUGACAACAAUGGUGCUCCUAGCAAUGUACCGCCAAUAGAGCCAAUGGAAAAUGCCUUAACAAGAGAAGUAUGGAGUGAGCCUCGGCACAAUGAUCCUAUUCAAAUGGACAAUGAAAGAGCGCAACAGGUUAUGUCAUUGAUGGCCAACUUUGCUUUACCUCAAGAUUCCAUACCAGAUUGGGCACAGAGUAUUUCAGAAGAACAAUGGAAACAGACACUUAAUGACAGGAUAGAAAAGUUACGCAGCAAUAGGUAAUAUUUUUAUUUUAUAAUUGUAUAACAACACAUUUUUUAAUGAAUGUAAAUCUAGAUCUAUAAGAUUAACUUUAUUUGUUAUUUUUAUUGUAUCUUAUAUAAAAACUUAAAGAAAUAAGUAAAAAUAUUUAAAUUCUAGACAUUAAAUGA